AUGCCUGAGCCUAGCGAGCUAUUCGAAUACACGACUAGGCGGUGGAUAUACAAUGAUGCGCUGAGACAUCGCGAGAGAAAGCGUAUUUUCGAUAUCCCUGGGCUAAAGCGGCUUGCCGCCCUAGCAGUAAAUCAGCGAGAGAUUGACAUCACCGGCUUUGAGAAGCUUGCCGAGGGAGGCCUCAAUCGGACUUUCAUGAUCACAAUGCGAAACGGUUUUCGAUUCGUUGCGCGAGUUCCCUACCCAGUUGUCGAACCAAAAUCUCUAGUGGUCGCGAGCGAGGUAGCUAUAAUGGGGUUUCUUCGUGCGAAUAGCAUCCCGGUCCCAAAAAUCUACGGUUAUUCCGUCUGUUCUGAUAAUGCUGCCGGGGUCGAGUACCUCUUCAUAGAACUAGUUGAAGGGAGAAACUUGGAUGAUAUCUGGUAUACUUUAGCUGAACAGGAGAGAAACAAACUAGUAACGAAACUCGUCUAG